AAGAAUUACUGCGGUAUUAUUUCCAAACAGGAGAGCAAAUCAAAGUGGGCGCGUCAGUGAUUCCAUCGUUAUAAACAUGAGUAUUGAGCUUCGUUCUCGCUGUUCUUUUGACUGGGUCGUCACCCGCAAAGCCUACUAGCCUCAUCUGCUCUUGAGUUGCCACUAGCCCAGGAUAAGCGAUGGCAGAUGGAUGGCUGAAAGCGUUGCUGCUUCUUUCCUUAAUAUUUCCCGAGCAGACCCUCGCUUUUUCGGAUGCAGAGAAGGAGGAUCUGGUCCGUGCUCACAACAAGUACCGCUCACAAGUGAUGGAUGCUUCCUACAUGCUAAGAAUGAAAUGGGACAAUGAUUUGGCAGAACUUGCUUUAACACAUGCAAAGGAAUGUAUUUGGGGACACAAUAAAAACCGAGGACAAACUGGUGAAAAUUUAUAUGCAACUACUGGGACGGUUGAUCUGAAAGCGGUUGUUGAGAAAUGGUAUUUCGAAGCUGCAGAUUAUACAUAUGAUACAAUGGAAUGCACUCCACAGAAAAUGUGUGGACACUACACCCAGGUUGUCUGGGCAGAUAGUGAUAAAGUGGGUUGUGCCAGCCAUUAUUGUGAUGUAUUGCAAGGUCUGAGUGAAAACAAUUUGUCUAUUCUGGUGUGCAACUACUCCCCUCCGGGUAAUGUAUUUGGAGAAAAACCAUACAAAAAAGGGAGCCCCUGCAGCAAUUGUCCUGAUGGAUUUAAGUGCAUCGAUAAUCUUUGCACGUCUGAGCGGGAUCUCAAUUUAGGGCCAGAGACAACCUCACAUCUAUCACUGACACCGAAGGCAGACGAAAAACCAGAGCUGGAAGCCAAGACUGAACCAACCCCAGAGGCAAAACCUGAACCAAACACAGAGCCAGAGGCAAAACCUGAACCAAACACAGAGCCAGAGGCAAAACCUGAACCAACCCCAGGGGCAAAACCUGAACCAAACACAGAGCCAGAGGCAAAACCUGAACCAACCCCAGGGGCAAAACCUGAACCAAACACAGAGCCAGAGGCAAAACCUGAACCAACCCCAGGGGCAAAACCUGAACCAAACACAGAGCCAGAGGCAAAACCUGAACCAACCCCAGGGGCAAAACCUGAACCAAACACAGAGCCAGAGGCAAAUCCUGAACCAACCCCAGAGGCAAAACCUGAACCAACCCCAGAGGCAAAACCUGAACCAACCCCAGAGGCAAAACCUAAACCAACCCCAGGGGCAAAACCUGAACCAAAUACAGAGCCAGAGGCAAAACCUGAACCAACCCCAGGGGCAAAAGCUGAACCAAACACAGAGCCAGAGGCAAAUCCUGACCCCAAGACGGAGCGAGGGGCAGAGCCAGAGUCAAACCCGGACCGGAGACAAGAAAUGAUAUCUGUACCGGAGCAGAAGAACAAGUUAGAGACUGGGUCAAAGAGAAAAUCCGUGUCAAAAACAAAGACAGAUUCAAAGAAAAAUGAUACUUUGCCCUAUAGUUCCGUUGCCAGCAGGAUCUCAGCAGUCGGCUCAAGUACUUUUCUGAUAUUCACCACAGUAUUGGUUUUGUUGUAUUCUGUGUAAAAUUAAAGAUAGUGUUUGAACUCUAAUUAUAACUUCCUAAUCAAAUAAUUUCCGUGGCGAUCUCUGAAUGAGUAAAUUUUUUGGCUGGAAAUCUACACAGUUAUAAAAUCUAAAGUGAAUUUAAAGACUAGAAACAAGAGAAAAUUUGCAGGUGCUGGAAACCCGAGCAACACACUCAAAAUGCUGGAGGAACUCAGCAGGCCAGGCAGCACAUAUGGAGAAAAGUGCAGUUCAUGUUUCAGGCAGUCCUGCCGAAGGGUUUCGGCCCGAAACGUCGACUGUACUUACUUCCAUAGAUGCUGUCUGGCCUGCUGAGUUCCUCCAGUGUUUUGUUUGUGUUGUUAAAGACCAGAACAUCAGCUCCUGAAAUGUAUUCAGUUUUAUUGAUAGAUUAGCAACUAAUGUUUGAAGCUUUUGAAAUGGAUUUAACUUGAAUAUUACUUUAAUGUUGCUUUUACAAAUAGCAAACACGUGAGGGGUAUAUGAGCUCGAGCACAAUGCUUACCAUGUUUUGAUUAAAUCUGAUGAACACCAAGAGAUAAUCUGAAGCUGCCAUUUCUAUACUAUUCCUAUUUUUCCAGCCUUAAAGGUAUGGAAAGUUUCAUAGAAAUGAUUUAAUCCUCAUUAAGAUAUUGCUAUUAAGUUCAUAUCAGUGAUAUAAUUUGAAGUAAAAUCACAAUUACUGAGAGGAGCUAAUUGAACAACAGAACAACUUAAGUCAAACGUCAAAUUAAUUUCUCUGUUGAUGUACAUAAAAUCUACAGUAUAUACUUUUUUAUUCUUAAACUUCUAGCUGUCUGUACAGAAUGUACUGUUAUUUUUACAAAAGGUUCAGUGUUGCCAUCAGUGAGAAUACAUGAAAAUAUAAAUGUCCAUUCCAAUACCGUUGGUCCUUUAACCUACUUCAUUAUUCUAGUGAGGCUGACAUGUCAAUGAAGUUAUUACUUUCAAUUCAAGGACACUUUAGAUGAGCAGCUAAUGGUUCACUCUAUCCAUGGGCUGUCUUGCUGUAUAUUUCAGAUUCUGAUUAUUUAGGUUAAUUAUUGGGAGUACAAAAUGGCCAGAUUUCUAACCUAAGGUUUCAUUUUGUCAUUUCAUCUUGAAACCAGAAAAAAGGUGCAAAUCUCAAUGCUGAACUGGUGUUGAUAUUUUGUUCUUAGUUUCAAGGUUCGAAUAUUAUAAUCCAGGGGGAUAAUUCUCCAGUUAAUUCAUCAGAGUAACAAGGCCCCUGACCCUCAUACAUUACUAGCUUAUUGAUGAGACCUCUCCAAGAUUAGUGGUUACAAUAAUUAAAUAACUUGUAUCGACGAUGUACAGCUGAGGAGGGUGAUGGAGGUGGAGGGGUGGAAAUAAUUGUAACAGUAGUGCUUGAAGGCUGUCGUGAACAUUUAAAUGAGUUUCCAGUUAAAGGUAAUCAAAUGGUCUCAAGAACAAAAUACCCACAGCUUUUGUGAAGUACUCGACUUGAAAUAAAACAAACAAAAUCUGUAAGCAGUCUGCAUCUGUGGAGAAAGAAACAAGAAUUCAGAUUUCAGGUCAAUGGCUUUUUAAAUAGGUGCCUCUUUUCAAAAAGCUCAACAGGAAGACAAGGUAAACGUCAUUUGCAGUGUUGAGCAAAGUAGGAGGAACCCGCAGCUGAAGUAUGAACCAUUACAGCAUCCUGACCUAAACUGCUGCCGGAUGAACUAGAUGUCAGCUUCAAUGGGUGGGGUAUGAGGAGAUUAUGGACAAUCUGGUAUGAGGUCACAAAACAUAAUAUAUUGUUGCAUGACUGGGGUGGUUCUUCCUAGAUAUAGAAGUAAUGAAGUAAUGAGAAAUUGUGAACUGGCCGGGAGAAAGGAGGCACAGGUCAGAUACAGGCACACUGGGAUCAAGUGAAUCCCUAGAAGCGAGAAGGAGGUGUAGGAGUGUUCUCAAGAAGGGCAUUUUAUUUGGCGGCAAUAAAGGGAGUAUGAGAUGACUUUGACAGAGAAUAUUAAGGAGAAUCUAGAGAUUUUAUAAGUAUAUUGAGGGAAAAGAAUAGGGAGAGGACAGGGCCCUUCAAAGACUAAACUGGGCUGCUACUGUAUAUGUAGAGAUGAAGAUGAUGAGCAAGGUCCUCAAUGAAUAUUUAUGAGGAGCAUAAUUAGGGUGAAUGCACUCAGUUUUUCUUUUCCCAGGGAUGGGGAACCAAGAACUAGAAGGCAUAGGCUUAAGGUGAAUGGGGAAAGAUUUAAUAAAAACUUGAGGGGAAACUUUUUCCACAGAGGGUGGUAUGUACUGUAUGUGGAAUCAGCUGUCAGAGAAAGUGGCUGAGGCAGGUGCAGUAACAACAUUUCGAAGACCAUUGGACAAGUACAAGGAUAGGAAAUGGUUCGAAGCUUAUGAGCUAAUUGCAGGCAAAUGGGAUUCGCUAGGAGGGGCAUCAUGGGUGGCAUUAACCAGUUGGGCCAAGGGUCUGUUUCUGUGCUGUAUAAUUAUGUGACUCUAAUUAACCUUGGUGAACUGACAAAUAGGUAAGUCUGCAGAUUUGACAUUCUUCUUUUUAUGCCUUAGUACUUCCACAAAGAAUUACUGAAUUAAAGAAAUUCAUAAACACCAUGAUAUUUUUUUCAAGAACUCUAAACCUUUUACAAACCCAUAAUUGGGGAAUAAAUUCAGUUUUGGAAUCAACCUAUGUAAUUUAAACCUCUGAAAGGUUUUAAGAAAAUAAUUGUUCUGGUCUUUCUAAUAUUUGAGUUAAUUUUCUUAUGAUUCAUGCCUGGAAUAAAAUUGACUGAUGCUCUUUAAGCAUAGUUGCAUCAGAUAAGAAAUCUUUAAGAGUAAAUGCAUUAAAUAGCACUAGAAGUACAAAGGAUUCAAGCCAGUAAGAAUUGAGGGAUCUCCUUUGCCAAUUUUUCCAUUUUCUUCUCUAUGAACUUCCAUUAAAUUGCAGUUUCAGAUGAGUAAAAUGGGAUCUUUGAUGCUCCCAAAACAUCCUGGAAUGUCAAAAAAGAAACAAAUUAAUUUCUACUGUUGGAACUUUUCCCCUUGAAAGCUACAGGCAAAAUGUCAACUAUUGGGGAUGCAUCCUGGAUAUGAUGGAGUUCCGUUCUGAUGUGGGCUCAGUCAGAUUGCUCAGUAUUAGUUUAGCUAUGCAACAUACAUAUGGUUGAAUAUAUACCUUUAACUUCAUUAUCAUACUUUAAUAAGUAAGAUAACAAAUUUACAUUUAAAAACAAUUUAAUAGCUACAUUGUUGGAGAUAAUUAUGUUUAGAUGAACUCUGUUUUAAUUUUUAUGCUAUAAUGUAAAUUAGUUUUACUAUUAUAUUAUGAAAUUAUAUCACAAAUUACUAUCAGAUUCCCCUUUUGUGAAUGAUGCAAUAAAAAGUGAAAAUCUGUCAAAUAAAUCAUCAGUUUGUAAAUGUGAGCCUCUGCUUCUGAUUCAGUCAGUUCAUUCACAGGGAUUAAUCAGAUUAAAGGCUGUGAUGUUACUGGCCCAACCACUGUGUGAAAAGAACAGAUCAGAAACUUGGUGCACUGCAAAGACCAAUUUGCACGUAGGCUACAUCCACACUAGACUGGAUAAUUUUGAAAUCGCCAGUUUCACGUAAAAAUGAUAGGUGUCCACACUAUGCGUUUUAAAAAAUAUCUCUGUCCACAUUGAAACGGAUAUUUCGGCGAAUCAUCUCCUACUGCACAUGCGCAGGACACAUCUACCGAAAGCAAGCAACAUGUUUGGUGUCGAAUCUUGCUGUAAAAGACAGUCCGUGUUUGUUCAGUUACAGACUAGAAAAACUUAAAUGACAGGCAGCUGUUGGCUCUCGAGCAGGAGGACUUAAAACUAAAAAAAAACAAAUACUGGCGUGUAUGGAGGCAACCGACAGGGAGUUCAUGGACAGUAUGACCCAGCUGACAACGAACAUUGAAAAACUGACUAACUCUGUUGCAUUAAUAA